AAACCGUGCGGUGAGGAGGACCGAAGCGGCUUCAACACUCGGGAUGGGAAAUGUACUUUACGUUGCCUGAAGACUUUGUCCAGAUUGCUGGCUUUCUUUGAGCGAAAUGGCUGUAUUUCAGAGCAACUUCUGGGGGGAGAAGAAUGCCGGCUUUGACGUGCUUUACCACAACAUGAAGCAUGGCCAACUGGCAGCCAAAGAGCUCGUCGAGUUUGUUCGAGAGAGGGCAGCUAUUGAGGAGACUUACUCCAAAUCAAUGAGCAAGCUCUCGAAGAUUGCCAGCAAUGGAAGUCAGUUGGGGACAUUUGCACCCAUGUGGGAUGUGUUCAGGGUGUCUUCGGACAAACUGGCCCUCUGUCACCUCGAGCUGAUGAAGAAGAUGAACGAUCUCAUCCGGGACAUCAACAAGUAUGGGGAUGAGCAGGUCAAAAUUCACCGCAAGACAAAGGAGGACAUGGUGGGGACGGUGGAGACGGUGCAGGCUCUGCAGGUUCAGAGCGGUCACCUUCAGAAGUCAAAGGAGGGUUACCACGCCAAAUGUUUAGAACUGGAUCGGCUCAGGAAGGAAGGAGCUCCGCAGAAAGAACAGGAGAAGGCGGAGCUGAAGUCUAAGAAAGCGGCUGAGUCGUUCGCGUUGUGUAUCGACAAGUACAACCGUGUGGGAGGAGAGUUUGAGCAGAAGAUGAGCGAGUCUGCCCAGAGGUUUCAAGAAAUUGAGGAGGCUCAUCUGCGGCAGAUGAAACAGCUGAUCAAAAGUUACUCCCACUCCAUAGAGGACACCCAUGUCCAGGUGGGACAGGUUCAUGAGGAGUUCAAGCAGAAUGUGGAAAACAUCGGCAUUGAUACACUCAUUCAGAAAUUUGCUGAACUGAAAGGCACGGGCAAAGACAGGCCAGCUCUGGUUGGGUUUGAUGAGUACAUGACAGCUUUGACCCCUGAAGGUGGGAAAAAGACUCGAGCAAAAGCCUUCAGAAUCCCCGGCCUCGGCAAGAGAGACAAGGAGCCAGACUCCACGGAUUCAGCUGUUGCAGAUGCACUGAAUUCACCACUAGAAGUGGACGAUGAGGGAUUUGUCAUUCGAGCUGACAGCACACAGAAUGGCUGCUCUGAGGAAAAAGAAAACUUCUACUCCAGCGAUUCAGACUUUGACGAUGACGAGCCCAAGAAGUUCCACAUCAAGAUCAGACCUGUGGUCAGCAACAAUCGUAGCAACUCUGUUGCCACAGAGAAGGAGCUAAAGGCCACCGUCGGGGCGCUCACGCUGCCGCCCAACAGAGGACCACGGCAGCAGAUUCCAGUGAAGUGGCAUCUCUCCAGAAACUCUAGCACAGCAGGAGUUCGAUUAGAGGACAGUGAAGUGUCCUCUCAUAGAGAAGGAGAGCAGGAGAGCCUACGUAGGUCCACCUCCAGCCCGGAUCACAGCAGGUUGAGUUCGACAGCGUCGGGUUCAGACAGCCUGUUCGGACCACCACUGGAGGUGGCCUUCAAGUCCAAAAGCUUUGACAGUCGGGAACGGCUACGAGAGCAGAACGCUUUUGGUGCUUCUGAAUAUGCUGGGUUCUCGUCUGAUUCCUCGUCACCGGAGAACGUUGAAGACUCUGGCCUGGACUCGCCUUCCCAUCAGCCUCUUGGGCCGUCCCCUGAGCUGGCGGGCUGGGCGGCCUGGCCUCCUGUGCCUGAGAAUAAAGAACAGACUCAAACUUUGGGCCGACCUGCGGACCCUUUCUUUUCUGCUUUCCACGAACCUUCCUCAGGACGCAGCUCUAACCCGCAGGUUGAAUCUUCCAGCGUCUGGACGCGUCCAUCACGCCUUCCUCUGGAGAUGGACCCCUCCUCUAUGCGGUUCCCUGCUUUUCCUCAGAGCCUUCCUCCUCCUGAAGUGGAGUCAUCAGUGUGGAACUGCAAACAUAUUCCACCUGAGGACCCCUUCAUCGCUGCUUUUGACAGGACGAUUACCCAGGAGACCUUAAACCUGCCUGACACCUGGACACGCCCACCACCUCGCCACUUCCAGGAGGUCAGGGGAAAGGAAAUUCGUGGAGACCCGUUUUCUGUCUCCCUCGCUGACACAAAAACACUCCCGGCUCCUUUUUCCUCUUCAUCAUCAUCAUCCACCUCCAAUCGUAAAGACAGAGACAGGAAACGAGACCGCAGCCUCCCGCCUCCUGUUACGACUGAUGACCCAUUUGCGAUCACUAUGAUCGGCAGUCCAACACAUCAGUCAUCGCUGGCUGCAGCAGCUGCAACAGCACCUUCACACAGCAGCAGCAGAGCAGGAGUCGAUGCAGGCUCGAGCUCUUUACCCACAGCUCAGCCUAAAAAGGAGAUGAUGCACUGGAACUCUGUCCACAACCCGUUUAACGAGAGCGCUGGCUCCAAAUCACAGGAAGUAGGCAUUAAAUCUGAAGGAGGAGGUGGAGGAGAGAGGAGAAAACAUCGAUCAUCAGAGACCGAGCCGAGCAGGAACGCCCCUCCCCUCACGAGGCAUUCGGGACCCCAGGAGGAUCUGUGCUUCUCAACGGACAAAGAUGAAGACUGUCUAGAUCUGAACACUCAGAUGAGCUGCAACAUGAGCUCUCACAAGGGUUCCAAACCCAACUACAGACCGGACGCUUCUGAAGUCAUCACAUCGGCUCCUCCGAGAUCGACCCAUGCCAAGAGGUCUUCAGGUCGACUCGGCGGCUGUGAGAGAUCGCGAUCGCUGUGUUCAUCCCCGCUGCCAGAGCCCAGCCCUUCCCUCACCUCCUCCUCCUCCUCCUCCAGCCCCAGUGAGUGGGGGCCUCAGGCUCGAGACGGUGAGUGGGGGCUGCAGAACCGAGCGUCCAGCCCUGCCAGAGUGGGUCAAGCCUCACCGCUGCCCUACCAGCACCAGGAUCACCAACAAAGGCAAUUGCACUUGUCCAGAGGUCCCAGUCCCAUUUCCAUCAGCACGCGGGACGCCUGGCCCGUAGCAGCAGCAAUAACCGAAUACAUCAACGCCUACUUUAAAGGAGGACUGCACAACCGAUGUCUUGUGAAGAUCACAGGAGACCUAACGAUGUCCUUCCCAGCAGGAAUCACCCGGAUUUUCACAGCCAACCCCAACGUUCCCGUGCUCAGCUUCAGGCUGGUCAACGUCUCAAGGAUCGAUCACUUCCUGCCCAAUCAAAAGCUGCUCUACAGUGAUCCGUCUCAGAGUGACCCGGACACCAGAGACUUCUGGUUCAACAUGCAGGCUCUGCAGAUCUACCUGCAGAGGGAGGCCGAGCUCAACCCCCAGGCUUCGUACUACAACCUGGGCCUGCUUAAGUAUCAGGCGUCAUCUCAGGACCCGGGUCGGGCUCCUCUCCUGCUGUCAGCCGAGUGUCAGCGGAGCGGCACCGUGACCCGAGUCUCACUCGAUUAUCACUGCUGUCCCGCCACAGCGCCGUCCACCCAGCUCACCGCCGUCCAGGUGCUGCUGCCUCUGGACCACAGCGCCACAGAUCUGCAGUGCCAGCCGCCCGCCUCCUGGAAUGCCGAGGAACGGAGGCUGCUGUGGAAACUCCCCAACCUUUCCCCGACUAAUCACAGCAAAGGUUCAGGGACUCUGUGUGCCAGCUGGCAGUGCCUGGAGCCCCCCCGCGGCCCCCCGCCCAGCCUGGCUGUUCAGUUUGUGGGCUCCGGGACCUCGCUGUCGGGCCUGGACGUGGAGCUGGUGGGCAGCCGUUACCGCAUGUCGCUGGUCAAAAAGAGAUUCGCCACAGGUGGUUCCAUCAAUUCUGGAAACUAA